AUGUUUCUAUACCAGACAUUCACCAUCCUUGCCUUGUUAGGUCUGGUUUCAGCCACAGCAAUCCAAGUGAAGAGAGACGACUACGAUCUGAAAUUCAAUAUUGAAUUUGACGAAGAUUCGGGACACCAAAUCACCGACAAAAACUUUGGUACGGGUGGAGAAAUUCAGAGAGGUGAAAAGACGGCUGAAUUCCAUUGGGAUAAAUUUGAAUUUGGGACCGACAGAGCCCUUAGGUAUUUCAACUUUUAUACUUAUGAGGAUGAUGAUAAGGAUGAGGAGUUCACUGCUAGAUUUGAAUGUACGCUCGAAGGAUUGAAGGAGACAGGUCUUCUGGAGCAAAUCACCUACGAUUACGAAUUACACGGAGAAUAUAAUUGGUUACAUUCGAAAUAUAGACAUGAAGAAGCUAGGUUGACAUGUCAUAAGGAAGGUUCCUCUCAAACUGAACCGGAUAUCACGACUGAUCUCAUGCCUCUGAGCAAGCCCGAUGGCGAUGAUGACGACGAUGAUGAUGACUUCUUGGGUAUAAACCUUUAA